AUGCAAUACAGUACCGGACAUGAACUUUUCAAGUCAGCACCAAUCACCGAUGAGUUGGUGUGCAGAAAAUUGUCAAGCUUUGACCAAAUCAACAGCGACCUACCGCAGCUGGCCCACCUCAAAAUCCUGGAGUCCUACAUCAACCUCAACAAUGCCACGUUCCACAAAAAGCUUCCGGAUAUAUUCAAGUUGUCAAUAGAAACGGCCGGAAGUUAUUUUUUAAACGCCUCCAUUUUUAACCAGUUCCCCAACUUACACGAAUUGAACUUGUCCAACAAUUGGAUUAUGGAGGUCCACACGGGUCAAUUCCAGGACUUAGCAGUAGUUAACUUAAGCCACAAUGACAUCAGCGUUUUUAACACGUCCGUGUUCAAGAAUGUUAAAAUCGUGAUUUUGCACAACAAUCAUAUCGACCAUAUCUCUUUUAAAAGUGACGUGUUUUCGUCAACCACUCUCUUGGACUUGUCCAAUAAUUAUCUGCACAUUCUGAAAGAAGGCUUUCUUGUAGGCUUUCAAAACUUGGAGACGUUGCUCCUGAAGGGAAACUUAUUGGUAGGAAUUCCUUCGUUUCUCGAUGCCAAACGUUUGAAUGUAAUUAACUUGUCGAACAACUUUUUAACUGUUUUGGAUUGCAGUAUGUUUAAUGGCUGGAUUCGUGUUUUACUUUUAAACAAUAAUAUGCUCAUUAACUUCACUUCGUGCUACCACUUAACUGAAGUGGUUUACUUAAAUUUGUCCCACAAUAAUUUAACACACAUACCCGAUGUUAGUUCUUUGAAUUUGGACCUUGUAGAUUUAAGUUUCAAUAAAAUAUCUGAUAUAUCAUUCGAAACAUUUGAAAAAUUCGCACCACUCAAAUUGGACUUGUCGUUCAAUAAUAUUUCUAAUUUAUCUAACAAAAUGUUGCACAACCUUGAUUAUUUACAAUUCUUGAAUAUGUCCCACAACAGAUUGUUAACUGUCAGCAACUUUGAAGAGUCAGGUCCUUAUUUAGAAGUUGAUUUUUCCAAUAACAACAUUCAGAACGUUAUAAUACACCCUCAAAGUGGACAUCAUAAAACUCAUCAGAAGUACCAUCUUAAUAACAACAAUAUCACCAACUUCAACUUCUUAAAGGAUUCUUGCAAAGAAUAUACUUUUGUUUUAUCAGGAAAUGGUUUGGAACGGAAUUGUUCUCAGAUCAGGCGGUUUGAUAAAUAUUUUAAUGUAAGUGUUGUUGAUUCUGAGGUAAUUUAUUUGGAGGCUUGUGGACAUCCCAAUGAUAAAGUUAAAGAAGUUGUCAGGGAUGUGAUUAUAAACUUAACCGAGUGGAUAAAUCAGACUCUGUUACACUUACAAAGGAAUAUUGAUGAAGGACGACACCCGCACACAACUGGUUAUGUAAUAUUUGCCAUUUUAGUAGUCGUGCUUUUAAUUUUAUUAGUCGCCCUGGUAAUAGUGAUCAAGUUCCACAAUCGGAACCGUUACCAUAAUUUAGGUCCCGAACGCGAAAUGUGGAGCGUGGAUUGA